AUGAGAAAUCCAAGUUUCGGGGGAGUGGUUCGUUUCCAGCCGUUGCUCAGCCAAAGAAAAGGAGAAUGGGGGCAUGGAGCCAUGGACGGAUAUGUUCUUCAUAAAAAACAAGCAAAAAGACAUGGGUUGAAGAAAAAACUGACUUUGAACGUUGGGUUUUCUCUUUGCAGUUCUCCACCGAAAUUGCUACCAAAUAGGGGAAAGCGGCUCAGGUGGCACACGGAUACGGCGGGAUUUUCAUGA